AUGACCGACGACACAGAGGCUGUUCGCCGAUCCAAGAUACUAAAUUUGGCAAAGACACAUUCGACACUUCUUGUUACCAACAUCCAUGAGAUUAAGCGAUUCGUCCAGGGCCUAGAAGCAAAGUCAAGGCCUGUAUCCUCAUCGGGUCUGCCAACGUUCUUGAAGGCUUUGCAACGAGAAAAUUGUGCGCUAUGCAAGCUCAUUGAGGAAUUUUCAUCGGAAACAAAAGUCUUUGACUCUCAACGACUCACAGCUCAAGAGCGAAAGCUUGAUGCCAGCGUUACAUUUACAGCCCAUAGCAUCGCCCAAUGGAAUCGAUUAAAGAAAAGCCAUGACUUUGUCGCCAUUAAUCAAGCUUUCCAAGGGUCGACCAAAGAUGCGCGAAAAUUGGAGAUUGAAAAGCGACAGGUUUCAGGAAAAGAUAAACACAAUUUGCAUCGUCUGUUGAAGGAGCAGGGUCGCGUUGAGGUUGACGUCGUUGAAGGUGGACGGGAAUGGAUCGCUAUCAAGGCCAUUUCUCGCGACCGUCUGGCUCGCCAGAUGAAUGACUGCGGCUGGGGAUGGGGUGAGCAUGAACUUGGCGAUGAAGUUGAUCGAGAAGAGUGGGAAGAUACGCCGCUGGCGAUAUAUGUGCAACGGCUAGUCACAGCUGCAAGAAUGAAUCGUCACGAGUAUCGUUUUCCCCGAAUACGUCUCGUUCUUGCUAGUCUCAGCCGCGGAGAGGAGGAACUGGACAUUCUCCUCCAUCAAUUGAAACACACGGAUUCUUUGGUCGAAGUCAUCAUCGAAACUCAAGAUAGCGAUUUCGUCACCGCACCCAGUCCACCACUCGAUAUAGCCAUUGGAAACCUCGUUGGAGAUGAACUUGCAUCACUUACAUCCACGGUUAAUCUCGAUCACACUAUCCUCAUUGACCUCAUCUCGGACCUAACGCAUCUGGAUCUUGAACCUCAACCAUGGCAAUCACGGACAACGCGUGCGCAGAUAGAAGAAGAGAAUUCGUAUGCAGGUGGACUUAUGGCUCGGGUGCUGUAUCCUGUCUUGGCGGAUCGUGAGCUCGUUUGCACACGGGAAGCAGCGGAGCAUUUCCACGAUGUACUACGAACCGUUGGUACUGAAUCUGAACGCGAACGCGGCAGGCUGUUGAUCCCCUGGGGUGGCAGUGACACACAAGGCAUAUCCUCAGAGCACAUUCGCGAACGUUUCCAGGAACUCACUAUUCAUCCAUUACCAUCCAAUGUUCAGAUUCCUGUAGCUGUCAUCGGCGAACCAUGGGAUAUGGAUGCUGUGGCAGCUGCUAUUAAUAAUGGUACACUGCCCCAAGUCGCUCAAGACGUUGCAUUGAGUAGUGGCUUCAAGAGCUCAAAGCUGUCUAUCUUUGUGUACGGUUGGGCAGCGGAGUUGACAACAGUGACGAGCAAUAAGGAAGUCCGAGGACAGAUACGGACUUGGAUUGAGGCUCAUCGUAAAAACGACGAAGAGCUUGGGCCUCAAAUAUAUCGGUUAGAAGUUACGAGGAACCUUCUGGCAAAAGCUGCAGAGCCCAGGGAAGGAUGGCAAGAGGGAGAUGGUGCAGAUGCGGAUGAAGCCGACGAUGAAUGA